CAGGCCCCCAGCCUAACCCCCGCAGUAGCCUUAAAUCUCCUACCAUGGGGGAAGAACGCAGCCGCAGCAGCAGUGAGACCACUAGGGAGCUGCAGAAGCUGAAGCAGCAGGCUCUGGAGUACUACCGGGAGAACGACGUUCCUCGCAGGCUGGAAGAGCUGCUCAACUCCACCUUCUACCUCCAGCCUGCCGACGUCUACGGGCACCUGGCAAACUGCUUUUCUAAACUUGCAAAGCCUCCAACCAUAUGCAAAGUGGUGGGGAAGAAUGUGCUGGAUGGCCUGGGGCUUCCCACCCUGCAAGUGGAGAUAUUCUGCACAGUUCAAAAUUUUCCCAAGAGUGUCUGUUCUGUGGUGAUGGCGACUGACUUUGAGGUGCAGGAGAACGCUUUCCCCGAGCUGGUCGAGGGGGAGGAAGCAGAAAGGCUUGAUGCGGUCAGCACGGCCAUGCAGUGGGUCAACGAGACCCUCACCCAGGAGCUGCAGGGCCUAGCGCCCUCCAGCCAGGCCGAGGUGGACCAGGUGCUCAGGACAUUCUUUGAAAAUAAAGUUCAAGAAGAUAAGGAGAGAAAAGAAUUGGAAAAGGGCCCAGAAGACUCAGCAGAGCCCACACCCUCACCUUUGAUACCAGCACCAGCAUCUCCUCCUCCUCCUCCACCUCCAGCAAAAAAAAAAGGGCAAAAGCAAGGUACGAAGAAUUCUUUUAUAGAGAAACCUGUUUUACCUCCAGAGCCUGCUGAACCUGUACUCUGUGGCAGCAUGGCCAUCGGGGCUGUGUCACUAGCGGUGGCCAAAACCAGUGCCACGCUGAGCAGCAACCCUCUGUACUUCAGUAUCGCUUUACUGAAGCACCAUCAGGAACCGCCAGCCAAGCUGACCAUCCCUCUGCUGAUGGUAUCUCUGGUCAGCUGUGGGAAGUCAUCGCCCGGGAAGCUGAACUUAAUGAAAGAAGUGAUUUGUAUACCCCAUUCUGGAUUAACAGCUAAACAAGGUGUGGAGAUGCUUAUGGAAAUCCAGAAACAAAUUAACAAAAUAAUCGAAAUGCCUCCUGCUCAAAAAGCAGAGCCGAAGAAAGGUCAUAAUGGAGGCAAACGAGGCCAACAGCUGAUCACAGGCAAGAUGUCCCAUCUCGGCUGCUUGACCAUCACUUCUGACACCAUAGAGCAGCCCCUGCUUUUACUACAGGGAGUCUGCGAGAACCUGGGGCUAAAAAUGGGAAGGAACCUGCAUCUGGCCAUCAACUGUGCAGCACAGGACCUGAUGGACUAUAACAGAGGGAGGUAUGAAGUGGCGACGGGGACAUACAAAAACGCCGCAGAGAUGGUUGACCUGUAUGUGGACCUGAUCAGCAAGUUCCCUGCGAUUAUCGCCUUAAUUGAUCCCUUCAGGAAAGAGGACGCUGAACAGUGGGACGCCCUCUAUAAUGCUGUCGGUUCCAGGUGUUACAUAAUUGCAGGAAGCGCCUCCAAAAGCAUCUCUCAGCUUCUAGAGGAAGGGAACAUCAGCACCCUCAGGUCCAGUGGGCUGAUCAUAAAACACACAAACCAAACUACAGUGUCGGACUUGGUGGAAAUAACCAAUCUCAUCAACAGUACGAGGCAUGUCACCGUGUUCGGAAGCACAGAAAGAGAGUGCCUUGAUGACAGCAUCGUCGAUUUGGCUGUGGGACUGGGUGUCCGGUUUAUCAAGUUGGGAGGUCUUUCUCGUGGCGAGCGGGUGACUAAGUACAACCGAAUUUUCACUAUAGAGGAGGAACUUGUCCGAAGCGGAACUCUGGGUUUCAACGAAGAACUCAUUUUUUCUCACCAGAACAAGGAAGACUAGAGGCCGCCAAGGCUGGCGGGCUGCCCGAGCGCAUCUUCCCCACGGAGGCUGCACAG